AUGCCCAAAAGAAUACAAUUCCACAUCGUUUAUGCUACAAGUGAAGACAGCCUUUAUCCAGCAUGCGAGCUGAACGCGCAGGGUCCUGCCACGCGCGGCUGGCGCAGCGUUGGCGCUCCGCCCCACGAGCUGCUGCUGCGGCUGAUCACCCCCGCCAGCGUCCACAAGCUGCAGCUCUUAGCGCAUCAUCAGCUCGUCCCGUCAUCGGUGGAAGUAUUGGUGUCGGGAGGGCUGGUGACGGAGGGUGCAGCGACCCCGUGUGGCGCCACCUAUACCAGCGUGGGCCGCGUCACCCUCGCCGCGCCGCAGCCGCAGGCACGCACCAGGGAACUGAGAUCUGCCGCCCUGCCCGAACCAACCGUAGCCCGCUUCGUCAAGCUUCGUCUCUCCGGACCACACCCACCAGCUAGUGAUGAUGACCAGGUAGCAUUGAUGGCCGUCAAUGUCCUGGGCGAGGAGCUGGAAGACAUCGAGAAGGUGUCUCCAGUGUCCGCCAAGGAGCUGACGUACUCUCCAUACGACGACCUGGCCUUCGUCAUGUAUGUGGACAACGAGAUCGCCGAUCUCGUGAGGAGCUUGGACGAUAAGAAGCGGGCGGCGGUUGCUGAGGAACGCUUCGAAUACGCCCGUCGUCUGAAGUCGGCGGGGGCGGCGUUAGCGGCGGCCGGGAUCCGCAUCGGGCGCUGGCGGCUGAGGAAGCGGACAGCAGCGGCCAGGGACGACUUCGAACUGGCGAGGAGGAUGCGCGACAGGAUCGCUGACGCCCUGGCUGGGAUCAAGGAGGACUACGCCUUGUGCAGGCUGUUUGAAGAUAAUGGGGCGGAUUCCCGUAACGACUCUUCAAUGCAAACGGAGUAUGACUUCUCACAUCACCUGUCUCCGUCCGUGGUAGCGGGCUCGCUGAGCCUGGACAUCCCCUCGCCAGUGCCUCCUGCCGAGCAGACGGACGGACAGGAGUACCAGGAACACCAGGCUGCGUCACCCAUUCAUCUUUACAAAGAAGAAUCAUCAAAGCCCGAGCCACAAGUACCAGAUUACCAGAACCAGCAAGAAUUAGCAGAGAAGUUAGAAGCCCAAAGGAAAGAAGAACACAGAAAGUUGGAGGAAGCGAGGAAGGCAGAAGAAGCGAAACUGAUUGAAGAGAGGAAGCGGGAGGAACAGCGUAGACUCGAGGAAGUUCAGAGGAAGAUGGAGGAAGAGGAGUUGAGAAAAGAGACUGAUAGCCCGAGGAGGAGUAUUACGCCAAAUGCUGCUAAUGGAUCGUUAGUUAGAAGAAGAAACAAAAGCGCAGGCCCCAGAUCAACAUUUGAAGCUUACGAAGAAAGAUUGUUGCCAGCACUUAGACAUUCGCACACAAAUGAGUACCUGCGGGAGGCCAAAGAGGAGGAGUGUAGCGGGGCGGGCAGCGCGUCCUCUCACCCUCGACCAGCUCACAAGCUCAACGAGAGGGAGAGGAAACAGGCAGCUCUCCCGAUACUCAUCUUUGGGUACCCUCUCGUGGAGAAGUUCUACUCGAAGAACUACCUGGAUAAGGAGGAGGGGCUGGCUCGUCUGCGCGCGGAGCUGACCACGCCCUCUAACGGCAGCUCCAAGACCUCGCCCAACAAGACAGCCAGGGCGGCGGCGUUACUGCUGCAGAGAGCGCUCAGAGACAAAGUAUUUUCAGUAUACAGCCAAGCCAACGAGGGGGUCCGGGUUCUAUUCCAACAGUUCAUACCAGACAGGGUGUGCGCCGCGGAGGUGCAGCGUUGCCUGGAGAAGCUGGUCCCGGAGCUGCUGCGGGCGUGCGGCGACCCCGCCCCUCGCGUGCACUCCACCGCCCAGCACACCGUGCUCACCAUCGCCGACGUCAAGCAAGUCAAGAGUGUGCACUACAUCCCCCAGCAGCUGGUGCGACCGGUGCCAGCUUCCAUGCACCCUCGACUGGCGCUCUCACGGUUGCAGAUGCUGGAGCAACUGCUCCUCACUCACGGCAUCUCCACUGAUAAGAACAGCGGGCUGACGGUGCGGCGGUUGGCGGAGUGCGGCGCGGCGGGCGCGCAGCACGCGGCGGGCGCGGUGCGCGCGGCGGCCGAGCGGCUGCUGCUGGCCGCCUACGCGCGCUCGCCAAGGGUGGUGCGCGCGCAGCUGCCGCCCGACGACGCCGUCACCAGGAGGAACCUCAUCUACCGGCACCUCUUCCAGCAGUUCGACCGGAUUGACAUGCAGAAAAUGCUGAACCAAGCGCCAACAGAAGAGCAGCUCCUAAACGGCGACCAAUCAACAGCCGACGCAAGUCUCGAAACGGCCAGCGUCAGCCAAAUGAGCCAAUCAACGCGCAGCGGCAUGACGUCAUCUCUCAUGACGGCAUCGCUUGGUGCCACGUCGUCUUACAGUCUUAAGUCGAUGACGUCAAGCGUCAGUGGAGCAACACUGGCUCCUUCCAGUCUGAGCAGUUUUAGUAACACGACUUCGAAGACUAAGAGUAGUUUGAAACGCUCUCCAACCAAGAGGUACACCCCAAGCAGAGCAAUCAAAGACUUCUCCUGUCCAGGGUACAAUAAAUUGAGGCUGGACAGUGCUGUCAGUCCUAAGCAUACCCCCAGGUCUUCUGCCAGUGGUGUUGAAAAGGUCCACUUCCAAGAAACCCAAACGUCAGAAGAGGUAAUUUACCGCCGCGCGAACCGAAACUCUGAAAACCGUCACUCGAUGAUCCACUACGACCACGAACCGUCAAAGCCGCAGUUGAAAGAACGACCUAUUACCGUCUACGAGCCUUUACAUCUCGACUACAGAGAUUCUCCUACUUUAGGGUCUCCGAAGACAUCGAAAAAUGACCUCAGAAGCAUGGAUUCUUUGCCUAUGGAUUCGCCAAGGAAUGAUUUGAGAUGUGAUUCGGAUAGGAGUUUGGAUUCGCCGAAGGUGAAGGAUUACUUUAGGGAAGCAGCGUUGGAGUCUCCCAAGCUGGUGGCAGGGUUGAGGAACUUACAUCUGGAUGAGAAUAGUCAGAUGGAUGAGAGCGGGUACUAUAGUCCGGGUCGAAGGCAGCAGAUGUCUACGAGUGAACACCAGCUGUUCGAGAGCUACGAGGCCAACGUUGAUGCCAGCUGCGACUCCACGCCUGAACCGGUUUGCAGCACGGUGUGCACGUGGUGUGGGAGACGCGUGCGCGCGGAGGCGCUGGAGGCGCACUACUGGCGGCGCUGCGUGCUGCUGGCGCGCUGCCCGCACUGCAGGCUAGCGCUUGAGGCUCGCGCGCUGCACGCGCAUCUCUUAGAGGAGUGCUCGAUGAGUGAAGGGAGCUGGAAGGCAUGCCACAAGUGCGGCGCCGCGCUAAGGGCCGACGACAGCGAGUAUCAUGUCAAUUGCAUACCACUAAGCCUGGACGAGUGGAAGUGUCCGUACUGCCUGACCAACGUGCUGGCUCGCGACCUGCCGUGGCAGCGGCAUCUGAUGCAGUGUCCGCGCAACCCACGACUCACGCAGAAUACUUAG